UUCAGCUGCCUCAACAUGCAUCGAAUGUUGCUCUACACUUUGGUAAUCGUUGUUGCCCUUGCAUUGGUUCAGGCCUCCGAAAUCCAUCAUAAUCUGACAUUUCCUGCUGCCAGCCAAGUUUUCAAAUGUUCUGCCAAAAGCCAACGCCUUGGGUACUCGCACAGCAAUCGGAGUUUGACAAGGGAUCUGCCCACAUUAACCCCGGACAUGGAUAUAGACACGCGGCACACAGCGAUGUCGUCUCGGUUGGAACUUUGCUGCUAUGGGAAACCUUUUACAUUAAGGCACUAG